UUCCGGCCGCCGCGGUGCCGUGCAUGGCUGCGCUCAGGGUGGCGCUCGGGGCCUCGCUCGCGGCCGCCCGUGUCGGGUCGCUGCCCGUCUGCCGCCGCCGCCCGCCGCCCGCGCCCCGCUCCGCCUCGGCCGCCGCCAUGGAGCCCGCGCCGCGCUGGCUGGCGGGGCUGCGCUUCGACAACCGCACCCUGCGCGCGCUGCCCGUGGAGGCGCCGGGCCCCGAGGGCGCCUCGCGUACGCCGCGGCCCGUGCCCGGGGCCUGCUUCAGUCGCGCGCGCCCGGCCCCGCUGCGGAGGCCGCGCGUCGUGGCGCUGUCAGAGCCCGCGCUGGCGCUGCUGGGCCUGGGCCCGCCGCCCGCCGAGGCCGAGGCCGAGGCCGCGCUCUUCUUGAGCGGCAACGCGCUGCUGCCGGGCGCCGAGCCGGCCGCGCACUGCUACUGCGGCCACCAGUUCGGCCAGUUCGCCGGGCAGCUGGGCGACGGCGCCGCCAUGUACCUGGGCGAGGUGUGCACGGCGGCCGGCGAGCGCUGGGAGCUGCAGCUCAAGGGCGCUGGCCCCACGCCCUUCUCCAGACAGGCUGACGGUCGCAAAGUCCUGCGGUCGAGCAUCCGUGAGUUCCUGUGCAGCGAAGCCAUGUUCCACCUGGGGAUCCCCACCACACGGGCCGGGGCCUGCGUCACGUCCGAGUCCACAGUGGUGCGCGAUGUGUUCUAUGAUGGUAAUCCAAAAUAUGAAAAAUGCACGGUUGUGUUGCGUAUAGCUUCCACUUUUCUAAGGUUCGGAUCCUUUGAAAUUUUCAAGUCUGCCGACGAGCACACAGGGCGGGCAGGCCCCAGCGUGGGAAGGAAUGACAUUCGUGUGCAGAUGCUUGACUAUGUGGUUGGCUCUUUCUACCCCGAAGUCCAGGCCGCCCACAGCAGCGACCGCGUGCAGAGGAACGCUGCCUUCUUCCGGGAGGUGACCCGCCGCACAGCCCGGAUGGUGGCAGAGUGGCAGUGUGUGGGCUUCUGCCACGGCGUGCUCAACACCGACAACAUGAGCAUCGUGGGGCUCACCAUCGACUAUGGGCCCUUCGGCUUCCUGGACAGAUACGACCCCGACCAUGUGUGUAAUGCCUCCGACAACACUGGGCGCUAUGCAUACAGCAGGCAGCCCGAGGUGUGCAAGUGGAACCUGCAGAAGCUGGCCGAGGCUCUGGAGCCCGAGCUGCCCCGCGAGCUGGGCGAGGCCAUCCUGGCCGAGGAGUUUGAUACCGAGUUCCAAAGGCACUACCUGCAGAAGAUGCGCAAGAAGCUGGGCCUUGUGCGAGUGGAGCAGGAGGAGGACACGGCGCUGGUGGUCAAGCUCCUGCAGACCAUGCACCUGACUGGUGCUGACUUUACCAACACCUUCUACCUGCUGAGCUCCUGCCCAGUUGAGCCAGACUCACCAGGCCUGUCUGAGUUCCUGGCCACACUGACCUCACAGUGCGCCUCCUUGGAGGAGCUAAAACUUGCCUUCCGACCCCAGAUGGAUCCCCGGCAGCUCUCGAUGAUGCUGAUGCUGGCACAGUCAAACCCACAGCUCUUUGCACUCUUGGGCACCCAUGCAAACCUCACAAGGGAGCUGGAGCGUGUGGAGCAGCAGUCAAGGCUGGAGCAGCUGAGCCCAGCUGAGCUGCAGAGCAGGAACCAGGGCCACUGGACCACCUGGCUCCAGGAGUACAGAGCCCGCCUGGACAAGGACAGGGAGGAUGUCAGCGACACAGCGGCCUGGCAGGCAGAGCGUAUGCGCGUGAUGCAUGGCAACAACCCCAGGUACAUCCUGCGGAACUACAUUGCACAGAACGCCAUCGCAGCCGCCGAGGACGGAGACUUCUCGGAGGUGCGACGGGUGCUGAAGCUGCUGGAGGCCCCUUAUCACAACCCUGGGGAAGCUGCCGAGGUCCCUGAGGCCACGGAGCCUGAGGGGGCCAGAGGGGCAGCUGGGGGGCAGCACUCCUACAGUAGCAAGCCCCCACUCUGGGCAGCGGAACUGUGUGUGACGUGAUCCUCGUAACAGCCUCGGUGUCCUCCACACACCUGGAGUCUCCCGAGGCCCCUGAGUGCUGCUGAAUGGUUGAGACAGUGCUGGGCCACCUUCCACGCCCAGGCAGCAAAGGCUCUGCCCUGCCACAUGUCUCUCCAUGACGGCAGAGACGUCCAGUCAGGACCUGACCCGUCUCUGUCUGAUACUUGACUUCAGCAGCCAGGCCCAGUGCACUACCCACCUGUGAUAAGCUGCCCCUCAUGGGGACAGGAACUCAGCCUCAGGCAUGUGGGUGAUGCAGAGGGAGCCAGGCCCCUAAAUAAAGCAGCUUCCUCAGGCC